GUGUGUGGCAAGGCCUGGCAGAGCCCGAGCCGUCUGGAGAUCCACCGGCGGGUGCACACGGGAGAACGCCCCUUUGACUGCUCGGAGUGCGGCAAGAACUUCACCCAAUACGCCAGCCUGCUGCAGCACAACCGCGUGCACUCCGGCGAGAGGCCCUUCACCUGCUCCGACUGCGGAAAGGACUUCACGAGGGCUGGUAACCUGAAGAUGCACCGGCAGGUGCACACGGGUGAGAAGCCCUAUGGCUGCUCCACCUGCGGCAAGAGCUUUGCCCGAUUGUCGGGGCUGCGGGAGCAUCAGCGGGUGCACAGCAGUGAGCGGCCCUUCACCUGCUCCGACUGCGGCAAAGGCUUCAAGUCGUCCACGCACCUGAAGGAGCACAAGCGCAUGCACACCGGGGAGCGGCCCUACACCUGCAGCGAAUGCGGCAAGGACUUCACCCAGUCCAGCAGCCUGCUUGUGCACCAGCGCACCCACACCGGCGAGCGUCCCUACACCUGCACCCAGUGCGGCAAGGGCUUCACCCAGUCCAGCACCCUGCUGGAGCACCAUCGCACCCACACCGGGGAGCGUCCCUACACCUGCGCCCAGUGCGGCAAGUGCUUCACCCGGUCCCACAGCCUGCUGGAGCACCAGCGCACCCACACCGGCGAGCGCCCCUACACCUGCGUCCAGUGCGGCAAGGACUUCACCAAGUCCAGCCACCUGCUGGUGCACCAGCGCACACAUACCGGUGAGCGCCCCUACACCUGCGCCCAGUGCGGCAAGGACUUCACCCAGUCGAACACCCUGCUGGAGCACCAGCGCACCCACACUGGCGAGCGCCCCUACACCUGCACCCAGUGCGGCAGGGGCUUCGCCCAGUCCUACACCCUGUUGGAGCACCAGCGCGCUCACACUGGCGAGCGUCCCUACACCUGCAGCGACUGCGGGAAGGGCUUCACCUGCUCCUCCAAGCUGCUGUACCACCAGCGGGUGCACGCCGGUGACCGUCCCAUCCCCAGACCGGAGUGUGGAGAGAGCUUUGCAAUGGCCUCCCACGCCCUGUCUCACCAGCGCGUGCACACCAGUGGCCAGCUCUAUGACUGCCCAUACUGCUCUGAGGAGUUUGACAGCUCGCGGGGGUUACGGCAGCACCGGCGUACCCACGCCAGCGAGCAGCUGCUCCCACUGCGGCAAGCGUUUCAAGAGCGCACGGGGGCUGCAGGAGCACCAGCGGAUACACACCAGAGAGAGACCCUUUGUGUUCACUGAGUGUGGCAAGUGUUUCACCCGCAUGUUAGCCUGUGGCAGGACCGGCGUACCCACAGCGGUGAGCGUCCCUUCCCCUGCACGUCCUGUGGUAAGGGCUUCACCCGCCUUCACCACCUGCUGGAGCACCGGCGAGUCUACACCGGCCAGCG